AUGAGCAACAGCAACAGCAUGAGCAGCGGAUACUGCAGUCUGGACGACGAGAGCGAGGACUUCACCUUCUUCACGGCCAAGACUUCCUUCUUCCGGAAACCAAAACAUGCCCCCAAGGUCGAAACAAAAGAGGAAGACAAAGGAGGAACUCAGGAUCUGUCGGAGGAAGAGGUGCGACAGCGGAUAGAGGAAUACAACUCGCACGUGUCCGAGAACGGCAUGAAGCUGUCCUCAGAUGGCUCCUACAACGGCUUCAUCAAAGUCCACCUGAGGCUGAGUCGACCCGUCACCGUGCAGGCUGUGGAUAGUCCCGCCCCCGACGAUCAGAUGGCCAAUCAGAACGCGCGGCUGAGCUCUGAGGGAAACGCAGACGAGUCCAGCGGUUUGGGCCCAGAGAAGCGGACGUCCUUCUACCUGCCGUGCGACUGUGUGAAGCAGCUGCACAUCAGCUCGCUCACCAGCACCAGAGAAGUGAUCCAGGGCCUGCUCAAGAUGUUCACCGUCCUCGACAACCCCUGCAAGUUCGCCCUCUACCGGCAAACGCACAGAGACGGACAAGACCUGUUCCAGAAGCUGCCUCUGUGUGAGCGCCCCCUGCUGCUCAGACUCAUUGCCGGGCCAGACCCAGACGCACUGAGUUUUAUGCUGAAGGAGAACGAGACCGGAGAGGUGGAGUGGCACGCCUUCUCCGUCCCCGAGCUCCACAACUUCCUGGGGAUCCUGCAGAAGGAGGAGUGCGAGCGUGUGAGGGCGGUUCAGCACAAAUACAGCGUUUACCGAGACAAACUGCAGGAGGCGCUGCAGCGACACGAGCUCCACUGA